CUCUUUGAUAAUCAUCUAUCAUUUUGUAUUGUGUUGUGUACUUCUUGUGUACUUAGCUUUUAUUUUUUAUCGCUUUAUUGAAAAAAAUGCUCACAAAAUGGUUAAUUAUCAUAUUAAUUUUUAUGAUUGUCGCGGUUGCAUCAUUCGAUAGAAAUAUCAACGUCGGCACCACACUGUUUUCUCGAGCGGAUCUUAAUAAAGUUGACUGGAGUGCCAUAGAAUUUGGACUGUUGAAAGCGAGAAGGUAUUUUCAAGACUUACUUCCAUCCGGCAGUUUCAUUGACACAGCAAACGAAGCCUACGUAAACAAACUUUUUAAAUACUUCAAAGAUACAUAUUCAACGAUAAAACGACAAACACCUAAUGAGACGGCGAACCAAGUAAUGACUAUAGCCUUCUCAGAUGCUGUUGGAGGCUAUGUAAAGUUUUGGGCCCUACCUGUUACUAAGCGUGGGUUUUACGGAGGAACUGUCUCCCAAAACAAUAUUAUGAAGCUAUCGCAAUUGUAUAACGAACUGAAAAAUUUUCUAGAGACAGAUGGUGAUGAAUGGAGAAGCCCAAACAAGAACCUUUUGCGGGACACAACAUUCAACGUUGCACCGCCUCAACAUGUAAGAAGAAGCAUGAAAGACCCUUGCAAGGAACUGGUUCUUGAGGAAAGCCCUUUCGGAUUGAUCAUUCCAGUUCCAAACGUACAUUGGGAAGACAGAUCGAACACAAUGUUCGUUCCUUUUAAAAAACAGUCCAUCAUACCUCUAGAAUCCCCUGAUUACCCUAACGCCCUGGUACAAUACUAUGAUAUUGCUAAGAACUGUAUAGAAGAAAACAAACCUGAUGCAAUAAACGAUUUCGAAGAAAGAUUCCAGACAUGGUUAACAAAGGAAGUUAUGCCUCAUCUAUGUGACGAAAACAUCUAUCUAGCACUAGGAAGCGUAUUAACAUUGGUUAAUAAAACACGAGAUUUAGGUCGUAAAUGCUAUCAUGCCAUGAACAGUAAAAUUGUAAUAGCAGGUUUCCCAAUCGAUUUUUCCUCAAAGAAGACAUUAUUUAUUCUUAUAAUUUUGAUUCUUGAGAUAGUUUGGUGUAUUCCCGCAUUGAUAUAUUUAGCGUGUUCAAGAAAGUCAAAAAAACGUAACUUUGAAGUUUCAGAUUGCUUAUGUUCCACUGAUUCUACUGACGACACACAUGCUAAUAACACGACAAAUAAAACGUUUAAUAACUUUAUUAAGGGACUACGAAAGAAAAAGCGUUGCUUUAAAUACACAGAAGAUUCGAGUUCAUUUCAAAGAGGUUUUAAAUUGGAACAGAAACCACGAGCAGAUAUUGUUAAUUUUGAGUCUGCCUCUAGUCCUCCAGAGCUAAAGUCUUCAGUCACUUCUAAAGCGGCAGUAAGUUUUGAACGCGAAGCUAAAAACGUUUCUUUGAAAUCUUCCAUGAAAAAAAUAUACAGUUCCCAUACAUCACGAUCACAGUAUAAUGUAUCAGUGAAACCAGGAAAAUCUAAAUUAUCUUUGACAAAUAGUAAAGUAUGUGUUUGCUCUAAAUGUACCAUUUAUGACAGUUUACAUAACUCUGAUAGUUCUGUUGUAGUAAAAAAUCCCGUAGAGUCAAACGAUCAUUCUGUAGUGGAAACGUCAUCAGAAGUUACUAAUGUUAUAUCUAAGAGUGACACAUAUACGGUAAAACUAGAUAAAUCUAAUAGUACUUCAGAUAAACUUUCAUGUAAAAAAGCACUGCAAGAUCUAGACAAGGCGUUUCCUUGUUAUGCUUGCUUAAACAAUGAGAGUGAAAGCCAAAUUACAAUUCUCAAUGAAAAUAGAUCAUUGGCUGAAUUUGACUUUGAAAAAAGUUUAGACGCAAAUACGCAGGUGCAUCUUCCUUUAGCCAAAGAAAACGUCAGUGAAAAUCUUGGACUAAAAAUAGAUUCAGGGCAGCCAUGUCUUGAGAUAAUGAUCGAGAAGCCAAACACGGAAAUCAGUGUGGGAAUAAAGGGUAUCUUCGAUAAUAAGCCCACUGUAGAAAAGCCAAGUAAAAUUCCUAAGAGAGUUCCACAAACAUUGACCCUCCAGUUGACGUGUCAAUCGUCUAAGAAACAAGAAAAUCGGCUGGCGAGUACUAACAAAAGCUUAAUACCGCAACGAAAAAAACCACCAGUGGACGACAUGGUGAUCCAAGAUAAAAAAACUACACACAAAGAUAAAAAUAAAUUAAACGAAACUUUGUAAUGUUGUAAAUUAAUAUAAGUAUCUCUAAAACUUUGAGUUGUUAAAAUGGUAUUAUAUUAUCACCUUGAAAGUAAUUAAACUUUGUAAAUGUUUAUUUGUAGUGUACAUAUUAUUGCUCGGUUUGUAUUAUUUUGAUAUCCAAUUUACAGUACUUCUAUUCUAUCUUAUAGAGAAUAUUUCCUAAAGUGAACAAACAGAGUUUAUGGAAAUGUGCUAAAGUAAAGAUAUGUAAUUUCAAUUUUGCUCUCCGUAGGUCAUGAUCG